AUGCAGACUCUUAUGUACGACGACGUUGAGAAGAGAGCUGGGGUGGUUGAUGAGUCGGGAGCCAACACAACUCCUAGCUCCAACGAUGGAUGCCAGGAAGCUCAACUCACACAAAUCAAAACCAUGUCGACGUUACAGCGAAUUCAGACGAAACUCAAUGUUGAGACCAGAGGCAUCGAACGGGUUCCCGAGGAGGAAAGAACAGAUACUUCGUAUUGGAAUAUUGGGUCCAUGUGGCUGGCUGCCAAUAUGGUGGUUCCUUCCUUCACCAUUGGUGUGUUGGGGAAACCACUGUUUGGCGUCGGCUUUGUAGAUUCAGCACUUGUUAUUAUAUUCUUCAAUUUUAUCGGAGUCAUGACAGUUUGCUUCUUCUCCACAUUUGGAGUUGCCUUUGGGCUACGUCAGAUGGUCUUGUCUAGAUUUUGGUUUGGAUGGUGGGGAGUAAAACUUAUCGCUCUCUUCAACCUGUGUGCCUGUCUCGGAUGGGCGGCAGCGAACAUUAUCGUCGGCGCUCAGCUUCUUAAUGCAGUGAACGAGAACGUGCCCGGUUGGGCUGGAAUCCUUAUAAUCGCCUUCUGCACGCUUGCUAUUGUCUUCUUUGGUUACAAGGUGGUUCAUGCCUAUGAGUAUUGGAGCUGGAUUCCCACAUUCAUCGUCUUCCUUGUUGUGCUUGGCGUAUUUGCCCACUCUGGGGACUUUGUGAACAUUCCGAUGAAGGCAGGUACUACAGAACUAGGAGCUGUUUUAUCAUACGGAUCCACGGUAUUUGGUUUUGGUACCGGUUAUACCAGUUUUGCAGCAGACUACACGGUAUACCAGCCAAGCAACAGGCCACGACGUCGAGUUUUCCUUGCCACCUGGCUGGGAAUCUAUCCAACUCUCCUAUUCACCGAACUACUUGGGGCGGCUGUUGUCACGGCUACGAGCAUAAACGGUGGAGAUAAUGCUUACCAAAAAGGCUUUGAUCAGGCAGGUGUGGGCGGCCUGUUAGCUGCAGUGCUAUUCGACCGAGUUGGCGGAUUCGGCAAGUUCUGCGUCGUUAUCCUCGCUCUCUCCAUCGUGGCAAACAAUUGCCCUAAUAUUUACUCGGUUCCGUUGACCAUGAUGACGCUGGGCAGAUGGACUCGCAAUGUGCCUAGAUGGAUCUGGUCCACCAUCGGUACUGGCAUCUACAUUGCGAUUGCUAUCCCUGGUUACAGCAACUUCGAAAGCACACUUGAGAAUUUCAUGAACUUUAUUGGCUACUGGCUGGCCAUCUAUGAAGGAAUAGCGUUGACAGAGCAUUUUGUUUUUAAACGUGGCUUUGGGGGGUAUCGUCCAGAGGACUACGACAACCCAAAGGCGCUGCCACCUGGUAUAGCCUCCACAGCCGCCUUCUGCAUGGGGAUUGUUGGCAUGGUUCUUGGCAUGAGCAAGACUUGGUACAUUGGGCCAGUUGCUAAAGCAGCCGGGACUCCUCCAUAUGGAGGCGAUGUUGGCUUUGAACUUGGCUUUGCCUUUGCCGCAGUGUCUUACAUGGGCUUCAGAACCCUUGAACUACGUACCUUUAAGAGAUGA